CCCGACUCGCCCGUCUAUCUCGCCCCCGAGAAACAUCACAUUCCAGACCAACGCCCGGUCAGCGCGCAUGAACUCGGGUUGAGUCUCGGGGCGUUUCAGCCUCCCGCGGAGACGUCACAGGGUCCCUUUCUGCAUCCAGAUGAUGCAGCAGUUGCUCCGAUCAUUCGCAUGGCCCGCGCGCCGCCACCCCCCAAACAGAAAGCUGCCCUCGAUCCGCCCUUGUCUCCAGGGAGACCGACAUCAAGGGGCUCCUUUACUUCGUCCAAUGCGCCCUACGAAGACUCCGCUUUUGGUACAAUCACCGCCGAACCGGGUCCACGGCUUUUAACUGCGAAUAGUGUCGCCUCAUCAGGCUCCAAGAAAAGCCUCAAACGCCAAGUCAGCAUUUUAAAACGAGUAUCGCGAGAGUUUCCCAGCGAGAAAGAGCGGCAGCUGGAUCGAUUGCGCAAGACGAACAGCUUCAACGACGGGUUUCGACAAAACACACCACGCAGUAGGGCUAGUGUACGCUCUCUGCAUUCCAUGGCCGACGUGGUUGAAGAAGGGUGUGCCCCACCACUUCGAGCCCAAACUGAGACCACUACCGAUUCUUCACUAAGCAGACCUCCCAGUAAGGAACGCAACUCACUGCAGGGCAACCAAGAAAGUACGCCUAAUACUCCAGGUGGCAUUGGGAGCGGGCGCAUUAUCCCUACCCGCGAAUCAUCCUUGCGACAUAGUUUUUCUCUAAGCCCAAAGCACCGCAGGUCUUCUACUCGCCAUAGCCGGUAUUCAUCUACCAGUAGCAGAGAGAUGAAAGUGGACAGUGCCGUUUCAGGGGUGGGCAGUGAUUCGGAUCAGGUGACGAAGAGAAUUCAAGAGUUGAAGGACCAACAACAGAAGAUCAAGACCGAGCUAGAAUUAGAUGACGCCUCGCUGAACUCACAUAAAGAUCCCAUUGCCAGAGGUACGCAGCCGUUGGCCUCUGCGGGACUUGGUGGAACUGCUGAUUCACAACAAACGGGACAUAUAUCUCGCUUCAGCUUCGACGAGAGCGCUCCAGCCCCGGCAGUUUUAACGGGCAAGAAUCGCUCCACAACCUCCAUCAGUCCCCCAUUCACCUCGAGGUCAACCGCGACAUCUAUCCAUUCCUUCGACAAGUUUGAUCCAUCUGAGAAAUUCACUCACAAGCAUGUGGCUGACUCACCAUUUCCCUUCCGGCAUAGUCGAUCCCUAUCGAGUGCGAGUUCUCCUACUGGCUAUACCGCCGUAGAGGAGCGCCCAUCCAGCGCUGACUCUAUCGACCUUGCAGUCCAAGACUAUGUGACGGCUGCUAAGCUAACCCAGAAGGUAAUUCAUCCCACGUCAGGCCGCUCUAUAGCAUUUUCCGAGGUUGGAGACCCUAAUGGUCAUGUGGUUCUUUGUUGCCUCGGCAUGGGGUUGACGAGAUAUCUGAUGGCCUUUUAUGACGAACUGGCGAGGUCUCUCAAGCUUCGCCUGGUCACCUUGGAUCGUCCUGGUGUCGGUGAAAGCGCACCUUACAUCAACGAACCGGCAACCCCUCUCAGUUGGCCUGAUGAUGUUGCGAUAGUAUGUAAUCAUCUCAGAGUAACAAAGUUCUCGAUCAUGGCACACUCCGCUGGUGCUAUCUAUGCGCUAGCAACCGCUCUGAGAAUUCCACAGCAUAUUCGAGGAAGAAUUCAUCUGCUGGCUCCGUGGAUUCCUCCUUCACAAUUAUCAAGCUUUGGCUCAUUGAAGGCCCCAGUCCCGACCAAUGCCGUCCCCUACACCCAACGCAUUCUCCGAGCGCUCCCAACAUCGAUUCUCAAGGUUGCGAACUCCAGCUUCAUGAGCGCAGCAAGUGCGAGUCUUACCUCCAGUCUCCCCAGGUCUCCCCGGCGAGCCAAGCGCAAAGCGCUACAGAGAGACAUCUUAAGCUCUGCUGUUAUCGAGCUCAGCAAGCCUCAACAGCUUCCAGGGAAGAUUCACCAGCAGGGCGGUCUGAAAAGCCUUGACAAUAAGAAGCCAACACCCAUAGUUGUAGGAGCAGGUCAUCCCAUUGACAAGCAUCUAUCGAACCAGGCCGCACUUGCUGCAUCUCAAGAUCGUGAGCGGCAGGUGGAUUACGAUAAUCGGCUCACCCACAGGAUCUGGGAAUUGGCGACGACGAACGCAAACCCGGCGGUGGAUUUACUGGUGUGCUUGGAACGUCGUCAACCUAUUGGAUUCCGUUAUGUGGAUAUUACUCGGAAUGUGGUGAUCCACCAUGGUAGCAGAGACACUCGCGUUCCUGUCGACAAUGUCAAGUGGCUGGGGAAGACUAUGCGGCGCUGCGAAGUUCGUGUGCUUGAAGGUGAAGGGCACGGAUUGAUGGCCUCAGCUACGGUGAUGGGCAAUGUGUUGAUGGAAAUCGCCAAGGAGUGGGAGGAUUGGAUGGUUGUGGUCCAAGGCAAGCGUAAAGGGACUAUUGGGACACGCUCUGGGAUCGCAGUUCAAGCAUGAUGAUGGCUUGGGCUCCCAGGAACUUUCCGGAUCUUCACUAUGGUAUCUCCCACAAAACACGCGACAAAGGAGGUGUGAGCGAAGAUGAGUCAAACGGAGGAGAAACAUUGCGCGUUUUGGACGAGUCCUUAUGGAGGGUCAUCACCACCACAAUACCCCUCGAUUGCUCAGUCAAACCGCUAAUACAGGGUCUGCGGGAUGACGCAAGCGGCCUUAUCUUACCAUGUUAGUCCAGAUCUAUAUUUGUUCUGAUCUGCACCCGUGAGUUCAUUGCAUCUACCUACGUGCCCUCACGUAUGUUGUUGUCUCAAGAAAGACACCAUCUAACGCUCUGAUUGAAUGUUUUUCUUUAUUUGUUUUACCAUGAUACCACUCAGCUACAUACCCCGGAUAUAGCAUAGCAUGAAUAUUCC